AUGGCGACAGCUAUGCGGGAUAUGUCGCCAUCUUUCACCUCGUCCCCGACGUCCACAAUGAGCACCAUGACUACUACUGCCGCACCCAAACCAGACAAGCCUCGCAAGCUACGGUCGGCCUGCGAUGCCUGUCACCGCUCAAAGACUCGCUGCUCGGGGGGCAAUCCUUGUACCCGGUGCCACGAGUACAUGAGUCCAUGUACCUACAGCUAUUCCUCCCGCUGCGGCAAACCCAAGGGGGCCCGGAGUCGCAAGACUCUGGAGCGGGAGCAGCGGGUGGCGGCGGCUGCGGCAGGGUCCGUUCGGAUAGCGGGGAAUCCCUCAGCCCCAGCCUCAGCCCCAGCUGCAACUACAGGUACAACUACAGCUCCUACUCCAACCGUGGACACCGCCGCUGCCGCUGCCGCCACAGGCGCAACAGGCGCCACCACGUCCACAGUCGCGUCUCCCCACGCUGACGACUGUCUCGGUCUGUUCGACGACGAGGAGGAAUUCAACCCGUUUUUCUCCAGCUGCAGUGAGAGUACCGGGGCUCCUGCAUUUUCAUCGGACUGGAUCCCUCCUCUGCCGUCCAUAUCCGAUUCCGACCUUUCGUUCCCGUUAUUAGAGUCAAGUUUAGGCCCGGAUCCUGACUUCAAUGACCCCCUUUUCUGGAGCACGAUCGCCGAGCCUGACUGCCAGCCGGCGAGCAAGGAGCCGCUGGAUCCUCGAUCCAAGCUGCUGCGCUCCUGCAAAUGCCUCCAGACCCUCAGCAACCUGACCUCUCGAGAUAUCCGUCGAUUCGACGCCACGUUUGUCUUUGUGCGGAACUUUGCUCGUGCAUUUUCCGCCUUCUACCGCUGUUCACACUGCCCGAAAGAUGCCGGCAGUAUCUGCAUGGCCGUGACCGCGCUGCAGCUAGCAACGACAGCGCUGGAAAAGACCACCAACACAGGGACCGAAGCGGCUGUCUUCAAGUCAGGCUGCUCAGGCAUGACGUCCGCCGACUUUGACGAGGACCUCCUCACUCCAAGCUCCGAGCUCUUCCUACCCUCGAGCACCAACAGUGACACCAAUCCCUCCUUCCAGCUAGGAAGCUACCAAAUCGCCCCUCUCCCGGGAGAGCCCGACGCGGAGGAACACAGCGAGAUAUUAAACAUCUUGAUUCGGUCCGCGGUGCGCCGCUUACUGGCGGUCUGCUGGCAGAUCUGGGAUCUGCUCCGUGGUCCCGCUUCCCGCGGGCAUGUCUUUGAAUCCCUUGACCCGUCCUCCUCUUCCUCUUCAUCCUCCUCUUCAUCCUCCUUCUCAUUCGGCCCCGAAAUUAAUCAACCCUUUGAUCUUUCAUGCUCGGCUGAAACGGCCCAGUUUCGGAGCUCGCUGGUCCAGAUACCGGCUCGAUUGUGCAACCUGCUGGCGCUGUAG